CGCGGGUUCCAGUCGGUUUCCUUUCCCAGCCCCUUCUUGUCUUGAGAGCUUAGGGAAAGUGGAACGUUGGUAUGGAGUUUGAAAUGUUACAGAUUUAUCAUUACCCGUAACAUUUUCCUUGACGGAUUGAUGUGUUAUCGAUAGGGUUAAGCCAUCAGUCAUCCACGUCGUCACCAAUCAGGGCCACAAUGUCGUUUCGGCGCGGUGCCGCCCUGCUCGCAAGAGGAGUCUCCGAUAUUCUACCCUCAGGCUUGGAGACCUGCAUUGUGCAACGGCUUUGUACCGGCGCUUCCACAUCAGGCCGACCAUGGGCAACAACAGCUGCAGGGGGCUUUAAUUUUCCCUUUGGAGUAGCGGGCAGCGUUUCGGGAGCCAUACGUGGGCUGACAAGCCAAUCUAACAGGCGCUUGAAGCUUACGCCGACGGAGCUGGGACUGUAUUGGGGUGCCGCGGCUGUCUUUAUGAUAGGGGUAUCAUAUGCUUCGGUUCCCCUAUACCGGCUCUUUUGUGCGGCGACAGGGUACGGUGGGACGGUUCGGGCAGGCCAGACUGUGGAGGAGAAGCUAAAACGCCGAAUGGAAGCGCCGGACGCUAAAGUCGAGGAAGCUGCUGCGGCUCGCGAGAUCCGCGUGUGGUUUAACGCUGAUGUGUCGGAGAAGAUGCCCUGGGAAUUCUGGCCAACACAAGAGUACGUGCGGGUACGUCCUGGGCAGAGCACCUUGGUUUUCUUCACUGCGCACAACAAAAGCGACAAGCCCGUCACAGGCUAUUCGCUGUAUAAUGUAACACCGGACAAAGCCGCCUUCUACUUCAACAAAAUCCAGUGCUUCUGUUUCGAGGAGCAGCGCCUUCGUGGUGGGGAGACUAUAGACAUGCCUGUCUUCUUCUACAUCGACCCCGAGUUCGCAACCGAUUGGAAUUGUCGCAACAUCAAUGACAUUACUCUGUCGUACAUGUUCCAUAAGGUUGAGGACGUGGAUGAGGACGAGGAAGACAACGGACAGCCCACGGUGGUGAAGUUGCAUUCGGGGCCGCAUCCGGCAGCUGCUGCACCGGCAGCUGCAGCGAAGGCCUAAAUCGUAACUGCCCGGGCAUCGAGGCAUUCGAUGAGGAAACCCUUGCGAUUGUGUAUGUAUGUAUGUGUGUGUGCGCGCGAGCGAGCGAGCGACCAUGUAGGAUGGAGGUCAGGAUGAUGCGCCGAGGGGCCUUAUGAGAAUUGUACAAUUUCUUCCCUUUCUUGGAAUCAGGGUUCUUAUGGGCCAUGUUGUGUAAUGAAAGUGACCAUCGCAUGGGUGUCCUUCGAUAUGCUAACAGCAGGAUGUUGACGGGCAGAAAGCCUGCCACGACAUGGUGUGGACCUGAUUUCGAUCGCGGAAGCCUGCGCUGCGAUUAGCGAGGCACAGCUGGAUCGGGAUAACUACGGGAGCUCUGGUAGAAGCUGGUACAUGAAUUAAAAGGUUAACUUUCGUUUCUGGAUGUUGCUGGAACCCCAUAUACGCCUCUGGUUUGGAAUGUAGCGAAUCACAUCCGGUG